AUGGCACCUAUAUACGAGCAACUCGCCGCGCAAAAACGCGCCGACCAACUAUCUUCCAUCCCCCCGGAAUGGCGCCUCGAUCCCAUCCCAUCCAUUGACUCGGCACCCAAUGCACUGACAUAUAUCCGUCGGAUCCUGACCCCCGCCGAGUUAGCCCUGACAGAGGAAACCGACAUCAACGUCCUGCUCCGAAAGUUGCAUUCCAGAGAGCUCUCCUCGCUGGACUUAACGAGGGCGUUUGCUAAACGAGCAGCCCUCGCACACCAGCUCACUACCUGCUGCACGGAGAUUUUUUUCGAAGAGGCUUUCAAGGCAGCUGAACAGUUAGACGAAUAUCUCGCGACCACGGGAUGUCUUGUAGGUCCGUUGCAUGGGUUACCUGUCUCUAUUAAAGACCUGUUCUCCGUCAAAGGCGUUGAUACUUCCAUUGGCUGGAUCGGCCUAACAUCCCAACCCUCCCCCACCGACAAAACCGUCGCAACGACCCUCCGCCGCCUUGGCGCGGUGCUUUACGUGAAAACAAACCUCCCCCAGUCAAUGAUGAUGUCCGACUCGUAUAACCACGUGUUCGGACAGUGCGUGCACCCGUUCCAUCGCGGGCUCAUCUCGGGCGGGAGUUCAGGUGGCGAGGCCUCGCUUGUCGGCGCCAGGGGGAGCGUGUUGGGCAUCGGGACGGAUUUGGGUGGCUCGAUUCGCAUUCCGGCGGGGGUAUGUGGGUUGUAUGGGCUUUCGCCGAGUCAUGGGAGGCAUCCGUAUGAGCGGGGGAAUCCCGGACAAGAUAUCGUGCGUUCAGUAGCCGGUCCCAUGACAAACAGUCUAGCCAGCAUCGAACGCUACAUGGAAGCCCUACCAUCGGUCUCGCCGUGGACGAUAGAUCCGCAUGUCGCCGCCGUGCCGUGGCGCUCUCAUCUCGCCUCUGUCGGGAACAGACGUCUCAAGAUCGGGUUCCUGGUCGACGACGGGGUUGUCAAGGUUCAGCCCCCGGUCGCGAGGGCAGUGAGGGAGGUUGUGGACGCGUUGAGGGGUGCAGGGCAUGAAGUCAUCGAAUGGGACGCAUCCUCACACGGCCACGCCUACUCUCUCUGGCUGAAAGCCGUCCUCUCCGACGGCGGCGAGGGAUGUCGCAAGAAGACAGAAUUGAGCGGCGAGCCAUUAAUCCCUGGGAUGUUAGUUGGGAACGAGACGGACUUACUGACCACGUCGCAAACACAUCAACUCCACGCCGACAAAUACGCCUACGAAACAACCUACCUCACGCAAUGGACACUCAGCGGAAUCGACGCCCUAAUCAUGCCCACAAGCCCCUGGGUAGGCUAUAAGCCGUGGACCUGGACUAGCGGAAGCCAAUACGUCGGGUACACGAGUAUAUGGAAUUUCCUGGGCUAUGCGGCGCUGGCGGUUCCUGUGACGUGGGCGUCUAGGGAGAAGGAUCAGCCGGAUGAGGAGUGGAGGGCGCAUGUGCCGAGGAAUGAAAGUGAGAGGUUUACGAAUGAACAAUAUGAUAUCGACCUUGUCGAGGGUAUGCCUGUGGGCGUGCAAGUUGUGGGCGGCCGGUUCGGAGACGAGAUGUGCGUUGCGGUGGCGAAGGUGAUUGAACGAGUUCUUGCUGGGGGUCAGUUGACUCGUGCGAAGCUGUGAAGGGGAGGUUUCAAUAGAGGGCAGCGGAAGUGUCACAAUGAGUUUAGUAUACCAGGUAUGGUUGUUGCCCUGACAGUUGGUAAGAGCUAGAUCCUAGACGAGUACA